AUUUUAGUGUAAAACAUUUUCUCCGGCUAAACGCAAAACAUUUUUAACAUUUACUUUCUUUUUCUCAAGAAAAAAAUUAGUGCAAAUUAUCAAGAGUUCCUACACAAUUAUCAGAAGAAACUUUUCACAGUGUAUUAUAAUACAAAGAAGAUUGUAAUAUGAUUAAAAUCCACUACAAGAAAGAAGAAUACGUUAAAUGUUAUAAUCGUCAGUGUGAACUCAUUUUUAUAAUCGAAAUAAUUUCUCGUGUGUCUUAAAAUUGAAAAGAGCAAGAAAAUUCUAGUACCGUCAUAAAAAAAUAAAAAUUUCCAUCAUUACAGUGAUAUCAGUUCUGAUAAAAUAAUUACGCCUUAAAAAUAUUCUCGACAAGUCAGCUGUUCAAAAUUAACAAAGACAAAUUUGUCCUAAACAUUAGAAGAAUCAUUAUUUUCUCCUUCAUUAUCGUUUUUGUGAUACUUUCUUCAUUUUAAUGAAUUUAUUUUGUCGGGAAAAUAAAAAAUAGAAAGAAGAAAAAGAAGAAUAGGUGAAAGGACUGAAAAGAGUGCCAUUGCUCUAGUCACGAUCGAUAAGAGAAUAAAAAAGAAGAAUAAAUAUACAGAGAUAAAGUUUGAAACGACGAAGGAAUCUUGGAAAAUCGAUUUAGCCUUUUUUUUCACGGAGAGUGAUACUGAGUGAUUAUUCUAUAUGCGUCAAGAAGCUCAAGGUAGUUUAAAGAGUUUGCCUCCGGGCGAACAUCGAAACGGUUCAAUCAUGAUUGAACAGGAUAUGGCCGGUGCACAGGACACAAUAUAUUUGUGUAAUUUUCGAGUAUCAGUCGAUGGUGAAUGGCUCUGUUUAAAAGAACUUCAGGAUGUUGAAUUUUCAAUGCAGGAUUCAAUGCAACGUUCGCCAUCGCCACCCCUUGUACACAGUGGUAUACAUCGUCAUCAUCCUGAUACAUCAGAGCUUUGCGAUAUUUCUCCGCCAAGUCCACCGCAAAUGCAACACGUCUCAAGCUUGUCACGAGAUCCGGUGAUAAUCGAGAGGAGCAACCUUGUUAAUAUCUCGAAACUUAUCGUUAAGGAGCUUAUUGAAACAUCCUUAAAAUAUGGUAGAAUGCUCGAUUCGGAUCACAUGCCAUUGCAGCAUUUCUUCAUUGUAUUAGAACAUGUACUCAGGCAUGGUCUCCGACCAAAAAAGGGUCUUCUUGGUCCAAAGAAGGAACUUUGGGACAUUCUUCAACUUGUCGAAAAAUUUUCUCCCGAAGCACAAGACAUGACAUCUAGUAUACGCGAUCUUCCCACAGUCAGAACGGCAUUAGGGAGAUCUCGUGCAUGGCUACGUAUGGCACUGAUGCAAAAGAAAUUGGCGGAUUACUUGAAAGUAUUGAUUGAUCAUAAAGACGACAUUCUUUCUGAGUAUUUUGAGCCGGACGCAUUGAUGAUGAGCGAGGAGGCAAUUGUCAUAAUGGGUUUGCUGGUUGGACUCAAUGUUAUUGACUGCAACUUCUGCGUGAAGGAGGAAGACCUCGACUGUCAGCAAGGCGUUAUCGACUUCUCACUAUACUUACGAAAUAGCAAUCACAUUCCCGGAGAAUCGCCGGACGAGGAACUGGAGAAUGACAACAUGACAACGGUCCUUGACCAGAAGAACUAUAUCGAAGAACUCAAUCGACACCUAAACGCAACCGUUACAAAUCUACAAGCAAAAGUUGAAUCCCUAACGACGACAAAUGCUCUCAUGAAGGAGGAUCUCUCAAUAGCAAAGAAUAGUUACCUCGCUCUUCAGUAUGAGAAUCAACAAUUGAAGAAAGAACUCGGAAUUGAGAUCAAAGAUUCUAACGAGAAUGGAAAACCACCUUUGAAAAUCACAGAGACGACAAAUGAAUUGGAAGAAACAAGAAGUAGGUUAGAGUCAGAAAAGAAACACCGACAGGAAUUAGAGAAGGAACUUAAUCUUCAGAUUAGCAUUAAAUCGGAAAUGGAGGUUGCUAUGAAACUAUUGGAAAAGGACAUUCAUGACAAACAGGACACGAUUGUAUCAUUAAGAAGACAACUAGACGAUAUCAAGCAGAUUAAUUUGGAGAUGUAUAAAAAAUUACAGGAGUGUGAGUACGAGUUGACGCAAAAAGGCGAGAUGGUGAGUCGUCUACACGCGAAGACAAAUCAAAUUGGAAAGCUUUUGAACAAUCUCGAUAAAUACAAUCGUUUAAUGAAGGACAGUGAGAGUAUGCGAAGUCCAACAACACCAAAUGAUUCGAAAUCAUUUUUUAAUAAAUCAAGUCCCACAUUACCGAAAGAAUCAUCUUUUGAUAAAUUUCCUGAACGAAGAUCGAAUGCAAAUCGAAAAAGUCUUUAUGAUGAACCUAAUUCUGCUAAGAAAUCAAAUGAAGAAGUCGCUGAUGGUAGUGCGAGUAAAUCAUAAAGAGACAUUUUUUUCUAGAUCUCAUCUCAUAAGAAAAAAAUUUACCAAAGAGAAGAAUGCGAAUUUUUUUUUCAAUCUCAAACAUCAAAAUUUUAAUAAAAUACAAAUACAAUAUCUUACUUAAGCUUUCUAUUUGGAAUUUGAUUUGAAAUUAAAAACUUAUUUACAAAACCAUAAAGAUAUUUUUCAUCUCUAAACAAGACGAAACGAAUGAAUAUUGUCAAUUGUUUUGAGUCUAUGUGAUAUGUUGUAUAAAGAAUUUUACGAUAUUAUUAAGAAUUGUAUUUAUUAAUGUAAAUAUAUUUAAUAUAAAUGCUUUUCAAUGCAAUUUUUAGCUUAUUUGUCAUGAAACUUGUUGUACACUCUUGUUUCGAUAAAUUGACAAAAUUCUAUAUUGCUAACAUCAGCCAUUUCUUUAUUUGAAUUUUUGUGAAAAGAAAAAUUAUAUAUUGUUAAAAUCUACGCCUUCAAAGAUAUUUUGGGCAUUAGAUAUAUAUUAUUAUAUAAGAAGAAAUAAUUUAUAAACAAAAAAAUGUUUUUAUUGCAAUGUCGUGUAAUGUAUGACUAAAAAAAUUACAGAUAUAUAUAGCACUGCAUUAUCCUGUUUUUAAUUAGUUUAAUUUUGUGUGAAUUGUUAGAAAAUUUUUUCGUUUUUUUUUUUUUUUGAUAUUCCUUUGUCGCCCAGUGCAGAGCCUGAUGUAAUUAAUUGGACAAAAGAGUCUAAUUAAUUGUGCAAUGUUGCCUAUAAUGUAAUUGCAUUUUAUCAUAAAAGCACAACAUCACAAUAUGUCUGAUUAAUCAUUGUGGACGUAUAUAUGUAUAUACAUAUAUGUACAAAGUGUGAUAUUACGGAAUUCUGAUAUUUUUUUAAUUUUUACUUAGUGUAUUGUUGC